AUGAAAUCAGUUGGUGAUGAUGUUUAUUUCAUUGAUACGAAUAACGAAAUAACCAUUAAAAAGAUAUCAAAGGAAUGCCCAAGCAAUUCCCUCAUCAAUCCUCAAAAUUCGUCUGAAUGUGAAUGUUUGGAUGGUUACUAUGGAGAAUCUUGUGAGGAAUUCGAGUGCUUUGGAGUUCAUUAUCUAAACGAAUCAUCAUGCUCAUCCAAUGGCCUAUGUAUUGCUCCAGAUUUAUGCGAGUGUUAUCUUGAUUUGCAUUCGGGAUCUGUAUGUGAAUUUUUGAUGUGUUUUGGAAUUUCUCAGAACGAUUCAAAUGUUUGCUCUGGAGGAGGAAUAUGUACUGGUUUCGAUAAAUGUCAAUGUAGAGAAGGAUUUUAUGGAAACAGAUGUGAAUUUAAAGAAGAGAAAGUUAAUUGCUUUGGGAUUUCAAAUAUCUCAACUGUUUGUUCAGGAAGAGGAAUUUGUGAAUCAACCGAUAACUGUAAAUGUAAUACUACUAUUGGGAAUUAUAUUGUAUGCCCAUCAACACAAACUUGUGAGCAAGCAAGUACAAUGUGUAUACCACAAAGUGCUUGCUCAUACAGUUCUGCAUCUACUUGUUUGGCUGACGCUCAAUGUAAUUGGUGUCCAUUAUCUCUUAGUUGUUCACAUAAGAGUAAGGAGUGCAAUCCUCAAGGUAAAUGUAAUGGUACAUUCGCUGAUACUUGUACCAGUGACAACACGUGUCAAGUAAGUAUUUUUGUUUAUUUAAUCAAUCUUAAUUGUCUUCACAUUAGUGACAGAGCUGCAAGAUCCCAUUCCACUGACAUGAACACUAAUGAUUGUUUCAGUGAUAAUGACUUUAUCGGUAAUACUGAAACAAAUGCUGUAGCAACAGUUAAGAAAUGGUUUGAAACUAGCACCUCUAGAUCAACAAUCAUGAAUAAUUCCUAUAGAGUUGUUGGUUCUGGUUUCAAGUCAAACAAGUGGACUGUCAAUUAUGCCACAGGCACUCAAAACAUUACAUCAAUUGUUAGCUCUGGUACUCACUUUUUCUUAAAUACAACCCAUAUCACAUUCAUGGUCACUGUCUAUAAUGCUACACAAAACUCUAAAGGUUUAGCACCAACUGUCAAAUUGAGUUUGGAUGGCACUUUGUAUAACAUGAAAUUAUUGCAUCCAUAUGGAGAUGAUCCAAAAUCUCAAUUUGUUGUCGAUCCAUGUUUAAAUGUUAAAUGUAACAAUGGUAACUGUGUCAAUGGAGCAUGCAAUUGUGCUAUCAACUAUUACGGAACUAAUUGUGAAAAGAAGCAUUAUACUUGUUUUGAUCCAAUUUGUUCUACCACCUGUAAGAAUGGUGGACAAUGUAAUGCUCCAAACUCAUGUGCUUGUGCUGAAGGAUUUACAGGAUCGGACUGCUCUUCAUUCAUGCCUAAAGGUGAAUGCGUUGUUGCAAUGAGUUCUCAAACUAGUCCUUUCUGUUUUGGUGUUGGUGUUGCUCCUUCAUUGUAUAGCAUGACAUACUCUCCAAGCAAUGUUUCUUUCAGUAAUAAGGCAGAAUUUGAUUCUAAAAUGAACAACUUUGUUCGUGAAAGGGAUAAUUUGGCUAAAAGUAAUGCCAACUCACUCUUACAACAAUUCUCCAGUUGUACAUCUUUAAGUUGUAUUAAGGAAGUGAAGAGAUAUAGUUGUUAUUCAAUUUUCAAUACAUGCCAAAACACCACUCAAACCUCACUUGCACUCUGUAAGAAUGCUUGUGAAAUUUUGGUUGACCAAGCUGAAAGCUUGAACACUACUAAGGAACUCUUUUGUGCAAGGUUCGCAACAUCAGGUUGUACUCCUGGUGUAUAUGUUUCAAAUACUACAACUUGUUUCGGCAAGGGUAUUAAGGAUGCCUCUGUUUGUUCAUCCAAUGGAAAAUGUAUUGAUAAGAAUACUUGCACUUGUUUUGCUGGUUACACUGGUGAACAAUGUAACUUACCAAUGUGCUUUGGAUUAGCUUCAUCUGACUCUAAAGUUUGCAACCGAAAGGGUACAUGUAUUUCUCCCGAUACAUGCCAAUGUAAGGGAUAUGCUGGUGCUCAAUGUGAAGCUCCAACUUGUAAUGGAAAGACCGAACAAGCUGGUGGUUGUUCAUUUAAUGGUAAAUGUACUGAUAUUGAUGUUUGUCAAUGUAGAGGUAACUUUGAGCCAAGCACCUUCUGUUUGAAAUGUAAAGCUGGAUAUACUGGUGCUAAUUGUGAAAUUCCUAUUUGUUUCAAUACUCCAGCUACUGAUAGAUCAGUAUGUAAUGGAAAGGGAUCAUGCCAAGGACCAAACACUUGUCUAUGUUUAUCUGGUUUCAGUGGCUCUUCUUGUCAAUUAUACUCAUGUUUUGGUAUUGAUAGAGCUAGUGCUCAAGUAUGUGGCGGACACGGUAAGUGUAUUUCUGCAAACUCAUGUGCCUGUGAAACUGCUUGGAACGGAGCUCAAGAUUGUUCAAGUUGUAGUCCAGCAUUUAAGGGAACAAGUUGCCAAGAACAAGUUUGUACAGAUGUAGGUACAUGUGGUGGAAAAGGUAAAUGUCAAGGUUUAAAGUGUGCUUGUUUUGAUAAAUAUGCUGGUAAUUUCUGUGAUAAGUGUAUUGAUGGAUGGGUUGGUGGUAAUUGUUCAAUUUCUUGUAGUCCACAAACUUGUAAUGGAGGAUCUUGUAAGAGUGAUGGAUCUUGUGAAUGUAAGAAUGUUAAUGCUGAUCCAUUUGCCAAGUGUGCUCCUGGUAAAUGCAUUAAUGGAUUUGAAGGUGAUGAUUGUGAUUACAAAUUCGAUAAUACCUCCCUUAAAUUCAAUGCCAAUGGUGACAAACUUACAGCAACUGUUUACUCAACCCUCAAGAGACCACUUCCAUGUAAUCAAGUAUUCCAAGAUGUUUCUAAAUUUGGUGAUCAAUCCAAGUGUCUGUUUAGCUCUGAAAAGAGUUCAUUGGAAGUUAUUUUAGGACCAAAUGCUGAUUUGGUUGACGGUAACACUCUUAAGGCAUUCAAAUAUCCAGGAAGUAAGGAAACUAUUAAUGUUGAAGUUUUGAGUGGUUCCUUUAUUGCUUCCACACCGACUUCCUCACUUAUUGGUGAUAAGAAUGUUGUUUCAUCUUGUGAUGAUUUAUUCUUAAAUGCUUAUGGUUCAGUUUCAUUGGAUCGUCGUCCAUUGAACUUUACUUGGUCAGUUAAGUCAGGUCCAACCACUACAGAUAUGGAAACUCUUUCAAAUCUCAUUAAGGCUGAAGUUAGAGGUGGUUUGAGAAUCAAAUUUAGCGGACUUGGUUUGUCAACUGGUACUUAUGUUGUUCAAGUUACUGUCACCAGUAAGUUUGGAAAAUCAGACAGCAAGACAUUUGCGUUCUCUUUAAUUACUAGUGCUGUUCCUUCAGUUACCAUUAAACAAGGUUCUGAAAGUAAAUUCAUGAUUGGUUCAGUAUCUACCAUUACACCAAUUAUCAAAUAUCCAGUUUGUUAUGGAGGCAAUGGUGGUGUUCAAUAUGAAUACUCAUUAGACAGUUCUCUUUCAAAGGCUGCUGUAGUACCUGUUGUAAAGAAUGGUUUAUUGGUUUUAGGAAAGACAUUCACAGAAAUCAAUCAAGAAGGUGAUUAUUACUUUAUUGUCAAGGCAACUGCUAAUGGAGCUGAUGCAGUCUCAAUAUCUUUCAAAGUUACAGCUAUUGCCCAACCAUUGUCUCUUUCCUUCUCUAUUGAUGAUAUUGUCCAAUCUGUUCAUGACCCAAUUUCUUUCACUGUUAAGGUUGUUGACCCUAGUGGAACCACCGAUUCCCAAGUCAUUAAUACCACCUGUUAUGAUUUGACUAAUGGUAAAGAUUGCUCCAUUCAACCAGGUUCUGUUGAAACAUUCACCAGUGAUAAGUUCUCUUCUGGUUCCUAUAUGUUCACUGCAACUGUAUCUAAGGGAUCAAGAAAGGCCACUCGCUACUUGUAUGUUACUCUUCUUGAUCAAGCUAAAGAUUCUCUUCUCAAGGUUUCUAUUACUUCCAAUGUUGAUUUGAGCGUUGUUGAUCCAUCAAAGGAUUUAUUCUUGACCUACACAACUUGGGGUGUAUUGUUGUCAAAUCCAUCAUUUGUUUGGACAGCUGAAAACUUUGCUCUUGACUCUAAUGCUACAACUACUUUGAGUUAUUUGAAAAUUCCAUCAAGUUUGCUUUCUCCUGGUGAUUCCUACACUGUCUCAUUGAAAGUAACUGAUGGUGUAAAGGAAGGUUCAGCUAAGGUUUCAUUCACUGUUAAUUCUCCUCCAACUCAAGGUCAAUUUGAUGUUUAUCCAACAAGUGGUAAAGCAUUGAGUGAUAUUUUCGAUCUCAAAUGUGGUAAUGGUUGGUCAGAUCCUCAAACCCCAUUAACCUAUCAAUUCAUGUAUUAUGAUAAGACCAAUAGUAAGUGGAAUGCUUUGACUGACAGAACUGAAGAACCAUCAACAAGUAUUCUUCUUCCUCAACCAACUUCUGGUAAUGUUUUGACUGUUAAGGCAAUUGUAUAUGAUUCUUUGGGAGCAUCUUCAUAUUCAACAUUUGAUGUAACAAUUACCAAACCAACUGCUGAAGAAUCUGUUUCUGCCUUAUCUUCAAUUGCUUCAUCAAAGGGUACAGUUACCUUGUCAGCAGCCUCAUCAGCCAUGUCAGUCAUCAGUAGUGUUGAUAUUUCAAAGCUCAACUCUGAACAAAUUGAUUCAAUCAAGCAAGCUGCUGCUGCAAUUGCCAAUUCAUUCCUAGAACAACAAACCAAGACUGAAAGUAUUACAUCUGUUUCAAAGACUUCUGCUGAAAAUGGUUUCUCUUUCACAUCUUCAUUCAGUGCCUCCGUUGCUUCUGGAGUUGUACCGGAUAGUACUACUUCGAAGGUUGUUGAAAAACUCUCUUCUACUGCCUCUUCUGUUUAUACGAACGGAAUUAGUAUCAGUGCUGAAAUGAUUGAGAAUGUUAGAAAGUCUGCUGACAAGUUCCUGGAUGUUAUUCAAAAGAAUAUCCAAAGAAAGAGGGUUUUUAGUAAGGUUGACUUGACUAAUAUUAACUCUGUUUAUGAUUCUUUGGCCUCAUUAUCAGUCAAGGAUACUGUAGCUGACUUGCCUUCUACAAUUGUUAAUGCUGGUGGAGUUACAACUCUUACUCGUAAGGUAAACGUUGCUACCUUGAACUCACUCUCUGAAAAGAUUCUUGGGAACAAUAUGAUCAAGUUGUCUUCCAAAUUUGCUCAAUUGAGCCAAAUUGCAGCUCUCAAGACUGUAAGCGUAGUUGCCAAGAUUAUGGAUGUAGUAGAUGUCAAUAAUACAGUUACAAAGGCUAUUGACUUCAAAUUGGUUGAUAGUAGUGCAAUCUCUGUUUCUGAUAGUAAUUCUAUUGCCAAUUUAGUAUUUGGAACUAUCAAGAAGAGAAGCACUUUGGGAACAACUUACAAGUGUAAGGUUCUUAAUCCAACAACAAACACCUAUUCAACUACUUCAGGUUGUACUGUUAACACCAAUAGUGAUGGUACAAUCACAGCUUCAGUCUCUAGCACUGGUACCUAUAUUGUUACUUCUGAAACAACAGUUGACCCAAUCAAGAGUACAGUAAUAGGUGCAAGUUCUAAGAUUGGUGUUUCACAUGUCAUUACUUUACUUUUAUCCUUGUUUGCUAUUGUCAUGUAA